GCUUAAGAGAUGUCUGGGUUCUGUCAAAAGUUGAUUCUUUCUUUCUGUCUCUUUACACAGAUUAGUUUGGGAUAUUGAUGCAAAGCAAUACAAAAAGGAGAUUUAUUUUUAUGACUCAAAUUUUUUUAAAAUCUUCAUUUUUGAACAUUGUUUUCCUUUUGAGAAGCCCUUUAUUUUCUAAUUACACAGUCCAUUGUUAAAAUGUCUAAACUUGUCAGUAUUGUCAGUACUUAAUAUUUGUGCUUAAGUGUACAUAUUUAAUAUAAGGGUUUUAGUGAGUUAUUUGAGCUUGAGGGAAAAAUGAUCAAAGAGGGAGUCUCAGUCUUUUCAACAGUCAAGAUACCCCUUUUCUCCCUUUAAGAAACACUGGGUCCUUCCCCUCCCUCAGGAAAAUAAGGCGAUUUAGAGAGCACAGAUAUUUUUAUUUUAGCUUUUAUUUUCACAACUGUAAUAUAGUAAAGGAUCAACAUAUAUUUAUGUUCCUAAUUAGGUUGGUGUUGUGUGUUUGUGUGUGUGUGUUUAGAUGUUUACAGAAAUUUACACAACUUGGGGUGUUCGACAUUUUUCUUCCACAGCAGUUGGCCCAUAUUAGCUAAGCAGCCAUGAUCUGCCCAGUUUUUAAAGCCAGGAUAAUAUUGGACAUCGCUUACUCCAGAAACAUGGGUGGAAGCUGGGCCAGGGAUUGGGAAAAUCUCUUCAGGGGAGAACUGAUCCCAUUCCGAUUGUUGUCAAGUAUGACGUCAUGGGCAUGGGUCGCAUGGAAAUGGAGCUUGAUUAUGCCGAAGAUGCUACCGAACGGCGCCGUGUCCUAGAAGUGGAAAAAGAAGACACGGAAGAAUUGAGGCAGAAGUACAAGGAUUAUGUUGAUAAAGAGAAGGCAAUUGCCAAAGCAUUGGAAGACCUCAGAGCCAACUUCUACUGUGAACUCUGUGAUAAGCAGUAUCAGAAACAUCAGGAAUUUGACAACCAUAUCAACUCCUAUGAUCAUGCACACAAGCAGAGAUUGAAAGAUCUCAAGCAGAGAGAGUUUGCUCGAAAUGUUUCUUCAAGAUCCCGCAAGGAUGAGAAGAAACAGGAAAAAGCCCUUCGGCGCCUCCAUGAGUUGGCAGAGCAAAGAAAACAAGCUGAAUGUGCACCUGGAAGUGGUCCUAUGUUCAGACCAACUACAGUGGCUGUAGAUGAGGAAGGUGGAGAUGAUGAUAAAGAUGAAUCAGUAACAAACAGUGGCAUCAGUACCACUGCCACUUGUGGCCUGGGAUCUGAAUUCUCCACAGAUAAAGGAGGCCCUUUCACUGCAGUACAAAUCACUAACACCACUGGACUGGCACAGGCUCCUGGGAUAGUCUCCCAAGGUGUCAGCUUUGGCAUUAAGAAUAAUCUGGGUACACCAUUGCAAAAAUUGGGAGUGUCAUUUUCUUUUGCCAAGAAGGCUCCUGUCAAACUUGAAUCAAUAGCAUCAGUCUUCAAAGACCUCGCAGAGGAAGGGACCUCUGAAGAUGGAACAAAAGCUGAUGAGAAGGGUUCCGACCAAGUACUACAGAAGGUGGGAGACUCGGAUGGUGGUAGUAAUCUUGACGGUAAAAAAGAGGACGAAGACCCUCAGGAUGGAGGGUCCCUUGCCUCCACAUUAUCUAAGUUAAAAAAAAUGAAGCGAGAAGAAGGAGCUGGGGCUACAGAGCCAGAGUAUUAUCACUACAUCCCCCCAGCACACUGCAAAGUAAAACCUAAUUUUCCUUUCCUGCUUUUUAUGAGAGCCAGUGAACAAAUGGAAGGUGAUAAUAGUACACAAAAGAAUGCCCUGGAGAGCAAAAAAAGCAAUUCUCCCAAGCCUAAAAGCUUCAUCAAGGUGGCAGCAAGCCAAGGAGCAGAAAAGACAGUUAGCGAAGUCUCCCAGCAGCAGACAGAAACUGGUGUGGCUGAGCCCUCAGAACCUGGAAGCAAAGCUGAAACAAAGAAGACCUCAGGAGGGGAUAUCAGUGAGCAGAGUUUAGAGAGUCAGAGUCAGAAGUCUUCAGAGAUCCAAAUGUGUGAAUCUGACCCUUGUAAAGAAACCUCUCAGGCCACCCCAGCAGGAAAAGAAAGCCAUGAGGGACCCAAACAUCCUACUGGUCCCUUCUUUCCAGUUUUGAGCAAAGAUGAAAGCACUGCCCUCCAGUGGCCAUCAGAACUAUUAAUUUUCACCAAGGCAGAACCCUCCAUUUCAUACAGUUGUAACCCUUUAUACUUUGACUUUAAACUUUCAAGGAACAAAGAUGCCAGAGCUAAAGGGACAGAAAAGCCAAAAGACGUAGGAGGGUCCUCAAAGGACCCUCUCCAAGGCCUUGACCCUGAUGAGCCAAAUCAAAGCAAGGAAGGAGGAGAGAACAUAGAACAUUCCUCAGGAGAUAGGGUGGAUGCACCUGCUUCAGGGUCUGCCUGUCUCAGCGUGAAUAAGCAGGAGCCUGGCGGUAGCCAUGGAUCAGAAACAGAAGACACAGGGAGAAGCCUUCCUAGCAAGAAAGAACGAUCUGGCAAGUCCCACCGACACAAAAAGAAAAAGAAGCAUAAAAAAUCCAGCAAACACAAACGGAAACACAAGGCUGACCCAGAAGAGAAAAGCUCUAAGGUUGAGUCUGGGGAGAAGUCUAAGAAGCGCAAGAAACGAAAACGAAAGAAGAAUAAGUCAGCCCAGGCAGAUUCUGAACGGGGACCCAAACCAGAACCCCCAGGGAGUGGUAGCCCUGCUCCACCUAGAAGACGGCGGCGAGCUCAAGAUGAUUCCCAGCGGAGAUCGCUCCCAGGUGAAGAAGGAAGCAGUGGCAAGAAAGAUGAAGGUGGGGGUGGUGGCAGCUCCCAAGAUCAUGGUGGGAGGAAGCACAAAGGUGAACCUCCAACUUCAUCCUGCCAGCGAAGAACUAGCACCAAACGGAAUAGCCGUUCUAGCCAUCGGAGUCGACCCAGUAGUGGAGAUGAGGAUAGUGAUGAUGGUUCAUCACGCCGGCUACACCAGAAGUCUCCAUCCCAGUACAGUGAGGAGGAAGAGGAGGAGGAAGACUCAGGCAGCGAGCAUUCCCAUAGCCGCUCACGAUCUGACCGGCAUCAUUCCUCGCACCGUUCCUCUCGGCGUUCUUACUCAAGUAGCUCAGAUGCAUCUUCAGACCAGAGCUGCUAUAGUAGACAGCACAGUUAUUCUGAUGACAGCUAUAGUGACUAUAGUGAUCGAUCACGAAGGCACUCAAAGCGCUCCCAUGACUCUGACGACUCCGACUACACCAACUCCAAGCACCGGUCCAAACGGCACAAAUAUUCGUCUUCUGAUGAUGAUUAUAGCCUCAGUUGCAGCCAGUCCCGAAGCCGGUCUCGGAGUCACACCAGAGAGCGCUCAAGGUCCCGGGGCCGCAGCCGCAGCAGUAGUUGUAGCCGCAGCCGGAGCAAACGGAGAAGCCGUAGUACCACAGCCCACAGCUGGCAACGGAGCCGGAGCUAUAGCCGGGACCGCAGCCGCAGCACCAGAAGUCCUUCCCAGAGAUCAGGCUCCAGGAAAGGAUCGUGGGGUCACGAGAGCCCUGAGGAGAGGCGUUCUGGUCGUCGAGACUUCAUCCGCUCAAAAAUCUACCGCUCCCAGUCUCCUCAUUACUUUCGAUCGGGCCGGGGAGAAGGUCCUGAGAAGAAGGAAGAUGGUAGAGGAGGUGAUGGUAAAGGGUCAGGCCCACCAUCUCAAAACAGCAGUGUUGGUGCAGGAAGGGGGUCAGAGGGUGACUGCAGCCCUGAAGAUAAGAACUCCCUCACUGCCAAGCUGCUACUGGAGAAGAUCCAGUCAAGGAAAGUGGAGAGGAAACCCAGUGUGAGUGAGGAGGUGCUGGUCACCCCUAAUAAAGCUGGGCUCAAGCUUAAGGACCCCCCACAAGGUUACUUUGGGCCCAAGCUCCCUCCCUCUCUUGGUAAUAAGCCUGUCCUUCCACUGAUAGGGAAACUCCCAGCCACUCGAAAGCCCAACACUAAGAAAUGUGAAGACACUGGCUUAGAAAGGGGAGAAGAACAAGAACAGUCAGAGACAGAAGAAGGGCCACCAGGGAACAGCGAUGCCCCGUUUGGACAUCAGUACCCCCCAGAGGAGACAGCUGCCCCCUUAUCAGAACCACCUCCAGAAGAGCCAAAGUCUGAAGAAGCUACUGCUGAUCACCCUGUGGCUCCACUAGGCACUCCAGUGCACUCUGAUUGCUAUCCUGGGGACCCGACCAUGUCCCAUAACUACCUCCCUGACCCCAGUGAUGGGGACACCCUAGAGUCCUUGGAUAGUGGCAGUCAACCAGGCCCUGUGGAAUCUAGCUUGCUGCCUAUAGUGCCAGAACUUGAGCACUUCCCCAGUUAUGCACCUCCCAGUGGGGAGCCUAGUAUUGAGUCAGCUGAUGGGGCUGAGGAUGCUUCCCUGGCUCCACUGGAGAGCCAGCCCAUCACCUUCACCCCCGAGGAGAUGGAGAAGUACAGCAAGCUCCAGCAGGCUGCACAACAACACAUCCAGCAACAGCUUCUGGCCAAGCAAGUAAAGGCCUUUCCAGCUUCUGCUGCCCUGGCCCCAGCCACUCCAGCCCUGCAGCCCAUCCAUAUUCAGCAGCCGGCCACAGCCUCUGCCACCUCCAUCACAACUGUUCAGCAUGCAAUCUUACAGCAUCAUGCCGCAGCAGCUGCCGCCGCCAUUGGCAUUCACCCCCACCCUCAUCCCCAGCCACUUGCCCAAGUACAUCAUAUUCCCCAGCCCCACUUGACCCCCAUUUCUUUGUCCCACCUCACUCACUCAAUCAUCCCUGGCCACCCUGCCACCUUUCUCGCUAGCCAUCCCAUCCACAUCAUUCCCGCCUCAGCCAUCCAUCCUGGACCCUUCACCUUCCACCCUGUCCCACAUGCUGCCCUCUACCCUACCCUCCUUGCCCCACGGCCUGCUGCAGCAGCUGCCACUGCUCUCCACCUUCACCCACUACUUCACCCCAUCUUCUCAGGUCAGGACCUGCAGCACCCUCCCAGCCAUGGCACAUGAGUUGGUGGGAGCCCAGGUAGGACCAGGGAAAGUGGCCCAUAAGUCUUCCCUUGGAAGUGUUGAGCCAUUAAUACCAGCAAGUAGAAGCUGGGGUGGACAGUGUCUGAUAGCCAAAGAAUCGAGUUUUGGCUUGAGGGCUGGUUCUAGAUUGGAGGUUUGCUUUGGGUUCACUAUCAGGGAUUUGUUUUUCCCUUUUGUUCCUCCCUCUCCUGUGUUUUGAAGCUAGGAAACACCAGUUAGUGCUGCCCACCCCUUUGCAGCAGCAUCUCCAGACCAUCAGGUUUAGGUACUCCCCUUCUCCCUGUACUUCUUAACCUCUGCUCUUCCCUUCUAUAAAUUUUAAACCAUUUUCCUCCUCUCUGGCCAGCGGGUUGUCCAUCUGGUCCUGCCUUCCCAUUGUCUUUGUCCAUCCCUUGCUGACCUUACAUUAUCCAGCUGAGUUGAAAAGAGAGUCUGACCUAGAAUCAGAUGCUACUUGGGCUGUUUUUCAAUCCUCUUCCCACAUAGAGAGCCGCACAUUUGGCACUGUUGUCCUCAUGUCCCUCAUCCCAGGAGAGACAUCGGCAUAUUCCAGAAAAGAAGAUCCUAUCGUGAUUACAAGCUAUACGGGACAUAAAGUUGCUCAUGUGCUUCCCCAGAGAGGAGCUCGUGUGUCUGAAGGGUAUAUUUUCUCCUGUCAUGUUGAUGUUUCCUUCUUAAUUUAUAGGAUUUUUUUAAUGUAAAAAAAAAAAAUUGCACUGAACUCUAUAAAUGUAAAUGCUGCUUUUUGUAGCUCAUAAAAAAGGUUCCAUAUUUGUAGUAUACUGCAAUAAUAUUUUUUACAUCCAGCUCUUUAAGUGAUCCUUGUUCUGGUGGCUUUGUGUAAAUAUGUUUGCCCUAGUUGGAUUAAGAAACUAAAGGUUAUAAAAUGAAAACAAAAAAUAAAGUAUUUGUUUUCUGCUAGAUGCAAAAAUGACUAAGCAUGUAUAUUUUAUCAAGCUCAUGUAUUUUUUCGAAGUUAUGAACUAUAAAAAUGUUAAAACAGAAAAGGAACAUGGUUUAACAUUUUUGCUGGGACAAAAUGUUCAGUAAUUUGCAUUAAAUGGUGCCCCAGCACUGGGAUUUUUUAACUGAUGGGCAUCAGUCAGCUGGGAAUGUUGAGAGGAUACUCAGAUAUGACAGUCUCCCUCACGUGCUUUGCCGUUUUAUACAGAGAAACGGGCGGGCCCCACAGAGGAGGGAGACAUUCAAGAGCUUUAUUUGAAAGCGGCACGAUUCAGAGUGAUGAGGGGUUUCCUGGGUGCCUUGUUCUAGGCAGUCCAUUUGCCUUCCUAGUACUUAGCCUCCUCUGACAACUUUUUUUUUUGAUGUGCCUUUUGGGUUGGCUAGAAACAAAUAGAAGUGGACUGGGGGAUGAUAGAGUUGAGACAGUUUUCUUUUUUGUUGGGAGGUGAGCACAUUUGUAGAUAUUGCAAAUUCUUUUGCUUCAUAGUUUUCUAUGCUUUCAGCCCAACUUAAUUUAAGCAGUAAAGAUUCCUUUUUUUCUCUUCUGUGACAUCAUGAUACCUACCAGAGGAAGUACCAUCUCAAUUCCUCUUCCUCCUCUUGCCUUUCACCCAGGCUCAGACCUAACUCACGCACUGACCCAAAAGCGUUUAUAUUGCAGGUCUCAUCUUCGGUGUAGUUAGCAGUUCCCUGUUUGGCAAUUCCCUACCUAUUCCUGUGGCUAGAAUGGUUGGGUUGUCACUUACAGGGAAAUCAAACCCUGCUGUUUUGUUUCUCAAAUUCCCAAAAAGAAAAAGGUUUUGAGUUUAUGAGAAGUAAGUGCUGGGCAAACAGGGGUCUUAACUGACCCUCCUACCUUUUCAGUGCUUCUCGUAUGAUUCAGAAGCAUCACUCGUUUUGAUAACUAGCACUGGAAAAGUGAAAUCAUGUGUUUGAAGUGAAGGAACUCAUUUUUCUUUGCUCUCAGCCCAUGUAAAUAAUUUAAAUAAUACAGUAUUAACAUUUGUGCUGCUUCCCAUUAGUUUGUAGAUUGAGCCAUACUCUGGCUGCCUCUACCUUCCUGGGGGCAGUUUUCUUUAACUUCCAGAAUAGCGAUUUUAAAACUUAAAAAAAGAAAAACGAAGUAGCCUAUCCUUCCUUACAAGCAUAAAAGAUUGUAUUUAACUUUAUCACAUAUGAUAGAGAUAUAUAAGCUGUAAAAUUAGGGAAAGGAACUUUCUAAUAAACCAAUGAUUUGUGGAAACU